AUGGCGACCAUGACCAUGACCGCGCCGCCGAAGAACGCGGCCAAGAAGAACGCAAAGAGCGUGCCGGAGAAUGAGCGCUUCAUGCGAGCAUGCUCUGAGGUCGCCAAUGCGCUCGUCCAGGAAUAUGAGGCGUCUAAGGACUCUUCGAAGCCAAAGCGAGAUAUCAACCUCAACAAGCUGCGGGGCAAUAUCGCAAAGAAGCACCAUCUGGCCAGCCAGCCGCCACUGACAGCCAUCAUCGCGGCUGUUCCAGAGCACUAUAAGAAGUACAUUCUGCCGAAACUGAUUGCGAAGCCCAUCCGAAGCGCUUCUGGUAUCGCCGUCGUCGCUGUUAUGUGCAAGCCUCACCGUUGUCCUCACAUCGCAUACACUGGAAAUAUCUGUGUCUACUGCCCCGGUGGUCCAGACUCCGACUUCGAGUACUCCACACAAUCCUAUACCGGAUACGAGCCGACGUCCAUGCGUGCGAUCCGCGCUCGCUACGAUCCAUUUGAGCAGGCCCGAGGACGUGUAGACCAAAUCAAAUCUCUUGGUCACAGCGUGGACAAGGUUGAAUACAUUAUCAUGGGUGGAACGUUCAUGUCGUUGGCGAAGGAUUAUCGGGAAUCGUUCAUUUCGCAACUCCACAAUGCGCUCAGCGGCUAUCAAACAGACAAUGUGGACGAGGCUGUGCUGGCUGGUGAGAUGAGCAACGUCAAGUGUGUCGGAAUUACCAUCGAGACUCGGCCCGAUUACUGCUUGGAUACGCAUUUGAGUGAUAUGCUGCGCUAUGGUUGUACCCGGCUGGAAAUCGGCGUACAGAGCUUGUAUGAGGAUGUCGCACGAGACACGAACCGCGGCCACACCGUUGCCGCCGUGGCGGAGACCUUCAAGUUGGCCAAGGAUGCCGGCUUCAAGGUUGUCAGCCACAUGAUGCCCGACUUGCCGAACGUUGGCAUGGAACGUGAUCUGUUCCAGUUCCAGGAAUACUUCGAGAACCCUGCCUUCCGUACAGACGGUCUCAAAAUCUAUCCUACCCUUGUAAUUCGUGGUACGGGUCUCUACGAGUUGUGGCGGACUGGUCGCUACAAGAACUACACGCCUAAUGCGCUGGUCGACUUGGUGGCCCGCAUUCUGGCAUUGAUUCCCCCAUGGACUCGCAUCUACCGUGUCCAACGUGAUAUUCCCAUGCCGCUGGUCACCUCCGGUGUUGAGAAUGGUAACUUGCGCGAACUGGCUCUGGCGCGUAUGAAGGAUUUUGGAACCACCUGCCGUGACGUCCGUACUCGUGAAGUCGGCAUCAACGAGGUGAAGAACAAGAUUCGCCCUUCGCAGGUCGAGCUUGUCCGUCGCGAUUACACUGCCAAUGGAGGCUGGGAGACAUUCCUGGCCUACGAGGACCCCAAGCAGGAUAUCCUAAUUGGUCUGCUUCGUCUGCGCAAGUGCAGUGACACCCACACCUUCCGACCCGAAUUCACUGGCCAACAAACCAGUAUUGUCCGCGAGCUUCAUGUCUACGGAUCCGCCGUGCCGCUCCACGGCCGUGAUGACCGCAAGUUCCAGCACCGUGGCUUCGGUACAUUGCUGAUGGAGGAGGCUGAGCGGAUCGCGCGGGAGGAGCACGGCAGCACGAAGAUAAGCGUUAUCUCUGGUGUUGGUGUGCGAAACUACUAUGCUCGUCUUGGGUACACGUUGGAUGGGCCCUACAUGUCCAAAGUGUUGGACCCGUGGGAGGCCGAGGAGUAA